AUGGCUUUACUUUUGCAAGGUUUUCUGAACGGCCAGGAAUACAGGCCAGGUGCAAGUAAGUGCAGAGUUAACAAUAAAUAAUACCAGACCGUUUACAAAUUAACUUUACUGGAUAACUCUAUAGCAAUUCGAAACUGCUGUUCCGCCUGGAGACCGCUCGUAAUGGAGACCACUCGUAUUCUUCUCACAUGCGAGGUAAAAUUAUACAGACGACUCUAUAUGUUGCAGGAAUCGAACCUCGCUGGACACAUGUACUGACCACUGUCAUCUAUAUUUCCAAUAUUGUGUAAUGGUCAAUCAUGAGUAAUGCAAAAUGCCUCGGUAACAAAUUUCUAAAUUUUAAUUUUUAGACUCAGAUGGUAGACCGUAUGAGGAAGUCGUGUCAAUUUACAACGGAGAUUUUACAACGCCCGAGUCAAGAGAACCGUACUUUAUCAAAGUACAUCGCUGCAUCAAAGCUUGUUGGCACAGUUCCAUUGAAAUGCCCAUUGCUUUAACACAGAAAGAAAUAGAAAUUGUAGCAGCAGAUAUCAACAAUCAAACAAAAUUUUAUAAAUAUGUCGUGUACGACCAUAUUUCGUGCAAAUGUCAUAAUGUUACACAGAUUAUUGAGAUUAACAAAUUGCACAAGACUGAUCUUGUUUCUAACGAAGGUAAGCAUUUAUUCCAACUAAUUGCAGUUAGUUUGUUACCGUCAUCAACCUUGUAACAAAAUGAUAACAACUUGUUCAAGAUUUACAACAACUGGGAACAAGAAGUGCGAACACCCCCUGAUAUCGGCUUCACAACAACAUUGUUACAACGUGAAAUAAAUAAAAUAUAAUAUAUAUUAACCUGGCAGAGAAGUGAACUAUAAAUCUUGUUCUAUUUAGUGAACGAAACUGAAUUCAAGGCAAAACUACCUAACAAUCCAGAGAAUCUGAGAAAUUGCAGCCCAUCAUCAUUCUGUAGCAAGCCUCAACCACGCCAUAAGCUUAAUCCCUAUAGCGGACUGACUGCGAUUGUCCAAGAUCAGCGGUAUAUCUUCUUUAAUCAAUGCUUGCCUGGUUGUGGUGCUACCACAGAGAAUAAGGACAUGAAAACGACGUCGUUGUCGGGCGCUGAUAAAUAUAUAUCGAUCAAAACCGACACGGAAUGUUGGCCGUAUACCAAGUCAACCCAAAGACAAUCUCAAAAACAAUCAAGAGUGACGAAGCCCAGCCUGGCGAGUGUUAGCAACCUAAACACAACCUAUCCGUCAUCUUUAAAGACUAAAGAGACGCAGGAUUCAGGUAAACACCAUGUUUUAGAAUGUGAAUACCCUCCUUUUCAAUAAAAUAAUUUGUUUAGAUAUACACGCGUAAAAACGAACAACCUGUUGCCGGUUGAUAUCGACGGGUUCGAACAAAAUUGCAUGCUGCACCCUAAGAACAAGUUCUCCACAAUAUUGUUACAGCAUUGUUACAACUGACCAAUGAUGUAACAACAUUGUUACAACUGACCAAUGAUGUAACAGCAUUGUUACAACUGACCAAUGAUGUAACAACAUUGUUAGAACUGGCCAACGUUGUUACAUUGUUGCAACAGACCAAUGAUGUAACAACAUUGCUAGAACUGACCAAUGAUGUAACAACAUUGUUACAGCUGACCAAUGAUGUAACAACAUUGUUACAACUGACUAAUGAUGUAACAACAUUGUUAGAACUGACCAAUGAUGUAACAACAUUGUUACAACUGACCAAUGAUGUAACAACAUUGUUACAACAUUGUUACAACUGACCAAUGAUGUAACAACAUUGUUACAACUGACCAAUGAUGUAACAACAUUGUCAGGACUGACUAAUGAUGUAACAACAUUGGUUAGAACUGGCCAAUGAUGUAACAACAUUGUUACAACUGACCAAUGAUGUAACAACAUUGUUACAACUGACCAAUGAUGUAACAGCAUUGUUACAACUGACCAAUGAUGUAACAACAUUGUUACAACAUUGUUACAACUGACCAAUGAUGUAACAACAUUGUUACAACUGACCAAUGAUGUAACAACAUUGUCAGGACUGACUAAUGAUGUAACAACAUUGGUUAGAACUGACCAAUGAUGUAACAACAUUGUUACAAUUGACCAAUGAUGUAACAACAUUGUUACAACUGACCAAUGAUGUAACAGCAUUGUUACAACUGACCAAUGAUGUAACAACAUUGUUACAACUGGCCAAUGAUGUAACAGCAUUGUUAGAACUGACCAAUGAUGUAACAACAUUGUUAAAACAGACCAACGAUGUAACAACAUUGUUAGAACUGGCCAAUGUGGUAACAACAUUGUUACAACUGACCAAUGAUGUGACAACAUUGUUAGAACUGACCAACCUGUUCCCGGUUGAUAUCGACGGGCUUGAACAAAAUUGCAUGCUGCACCCUAAGAACAAGUUGUCAACAAUGUUGUUACAGCAUUGUUACAACUGAGCAAUGAUGUAACAACAUUGUCACAACCGACCAAUGAUGUUACAACAUUGUUACAACAGACCAAUGAUGUAAUAACAUUGUUAGAACUGGCCAAUGAUGUAACAACAUUGUUAGAACUGACCAAUGAUGUAACAACAUUGUUACAACUGACCAAUGAUGUAACAACAUUGUUAGAACUGACCAAUGAUGUAACAACAUUAGGGCCAUUUAUACGUGACAAAAUAAGUCGCGACUUACAUAAGACGCGACUUAAAUAAGUGGAGUUAUCGCAUAAAUGGUUCUCUACGGUUUUGGUCUUAUUUAUUUGCUAUAGCUAUAAUGUUGUAUUGGUUGUUUUUGUUUUAAUAUGCAAGGCAUUAAAUUUUACGUUGUUUCAAGUUUCUGGCAUGUGUAGUUAGACUUUUGUCCAAAAUUUCUUAUUUAAGACGCGACUUAAAUAAGAACAGCUAAAAGACCUGUUCUUAUGUAAGACGCGUCUUAUCCAAGACGCGUCUUACAUAAGAAUUUUGUACCUUUUAUACCACAAACUCGCGUCUUACUUAAGUCGCGUCUUAUGUAAGUCGCGUCUUAUUUUGUUCCGUAUAAAUGGCCCUAAUGUUACAACUGACCAGUGAUGUAACAACAUUGUGACAACAUUGUUACAACUGACCAAUGAUGUAACAACACUGUUACAACUGACCAAUGAUGUAACAACAUUGUCAGAACUGACUAAUGAUGUAACAACAUUGGUUAGAACUGACCAAUGAUGUAACAACAUUGUUAGAACUGGCCAAUGAUGUAACAACAUUGUUAGAACAGACCAACGAUGUAACAACAUUGUUAGAACUGGCCAAUGAUGUAACAACAUUGUUACAACAGACCAACGAUGUAACAACAUUGUUAGAACUAGCCAAUGAUGUAACAACAUUGUUACAACUGACCAAUGAUGUAACAACAUUGUUACAACUGAUCAAUGAUGUGACAACAUUGUUAGAACAGACCAAUAAUGUAACAACAUUGUUAGAACUGACCAAUGAUGUAACAACAUUAUUAGAACUGACCAAUAAUGUAACAACAUUGUUAGAACUGACCGGUACCAAUGAUGUAACAAGAUUGUUGACAAUGUUGUGGAUGAAGCAAGUUGGAGUUAUCCUUGUAUUAAGGCGGAUUUCCAGUCCUCGCAUGAAGCUCCUCCCAACUCGCUGCGACUGCUUGCAUUUAAUUAAAAUUAACUGUUUAGCAUUGUGUUUGGAUGAAAGUGCUGAUGCAUGCACUCGCAGCGAGGAGCUUCGUGCGAGGACUGGAAAUCCGCCUUUAGUUUCAAGAAUGAAAUUGUAUCCCUAUCAAUCCCCAACUUUCCUAUUAUUGAGACUACCUACACUGGAACAGACAGUUCAACAUUAAAUGAAUUACACCUAUUACUUCAGAAAUUUAGUUUGUUAUCAAAUAUAUAUUUGACUAAUCAAAGAUCAAUCCCUUUCUAGAGCCGCAAAACGAGAUGAUAAUCUACAUUGGUUCAACAAAAUUACUCCUGGCAGCGUUCGUCCUGUCUACAAUAUUAUUGUCGAUAUUAAUCGUGGAUUGCAACCUAUGGCAUCGCAAGAAGGGAAUACUUUAUAA